UGAGCAGCUUAUGUAUCCAUGACCUUCGCGCUCACCAUAAAAGUUUGAAGGUCAUGUGUAAAUAGGUUAUGGGGCCGACUGUUUCAAUGGGGUCCUAAGGUUUCGUUCUGUUACAAAAGUAGACAUCGAUCAGCUGCAGUCACUGUAUAAAGAAUGCUUUCCAGUCAGGUAAACAUCGAAAUUUUUACUUAUGAAAAGCUACCCGUCCUCCUGGUUUCAAGACCUUUUAAACAACUCAUCUCUUAUUUCAAUCGUGGCUAUUUUAGACAAUGAUUUGAUCGGUGUUAUUGUGGGCACCGUAACGACCUUGGGAAGAUGCAACGUUGAUGAUCGCAAUUUACUUUCUGCAAGUUUCCCACUUUCGACUAGUGUGGCGUAUAUAUUAAGUUUGGGUGUUACCGCUAGCUACAGAUCAAAGGGUGUUGCGUCUAUUCUAUUGAGAUCAUUUAUUGGUUAUGUAUCUGGUGAAAAUUUGGAAUGGUUGAAUAAUCCAGAUCAUCAUAUCAUCUUUUCUAAUAGUUUAGAUUUUUCUACUGAUAAGGUUUAUGUGAAUGCCAACCAUAAUGGAAAUAUUAUACAUGCAAACAACAGAACAACUUUGCCUGUGCCAUUGUAUAUUAAAGACUAUCAAUCCUUGUAUGAAUUAAUCAUACACUUACCACCUGUAUCUCCUGUACAAGCUGUCUAUCUGCAUGUAUUACACAGUAAUUUACCUGCGAGACGUUUCUAUGAAAAACGUGGUUUCAUCUGUUUGCAUACACGUCCUGGCUGUUAUACAAUUGAUGGCAAGCCUGCUGAUGGUUGUACAUAUGUCCUGCAUACGAAUGGAGGAUAUUUGGAUGUCAAAUCAACAAAUUCUCUUUCAAACUUUAUGAAUAAUUUCUUCAAUGAACAUUCAACAGUGUAUCAUUUAAGAUGGAUAGUUCAAGUGAUAACACAAUCAGGAUAUACAAUAUUAUAUAAAUUAUCUAGAUUAUUACAUAAUCUUUGUGAUGAUAUAUCUUCAAUUCUUCAUUUGAAUAUUAAUAAUAAUCGUCAUCACCCCCAACAGAAACAGCGGCAACAACCGACAUAUGAACGUGAUAAUCUAUACAUUUCCUCACAAUCUAUUCCUUUAUUGUAUCCUUCACUUGCUGCUAGUGUUUCUACUCCAUCAUCACCAUCUUCGUCGUCUUCUUCAUCUUCAUCAUCAUUGUUAAUGUCAUCCUCCCCAUCAUCAUCUUCAUCAAGUGUGUAUCUUUAAAAUUCUCGACUUCUUGUGAAAAAGUCGACGGUUGAUACAGUUUAUCGCCUCUAACAUUGUGAUAAUAAUAAUAAUAAUAGGUAAAUGUUGCAGGUGUUACAGAUCUGUUUUGUUCUUUCCUCAAUCCUGUCUUUCUUUCUUUCUCAUGCUAUUAGUUUUACUUUUGAUUUGGUAAUAUGAAAUGAUAUUAGGUUGUCUGAAGAACAUCAUCCUACACCCUUUAGUAUAACUUUACUGCCUUACAUCAGUUGUUGUUGUGUGUUAGUUAUACUUUCACCUUUCCUUGUAAUGUUUUUAAUCCUACUGCCUUCUGUGAGUUGUUAGGCCUCUUUUUCUGUCUAGCAUAGGUGUUUCUUAGAGUUGUUGUUUUGAGUUAACAAUGCCAUCAUCACCACCUGAUGGAAGAAUGAUCAUGGUGGUGCCACCUCCUUCAUUGUUACCAUUAUUGAUGUUGGCAGAGAAGCUUGAUUAUGUGCGUUACAAUGAAAUUGAUUUGUGUACUAUUAGUUGUUGUUAACCUUUUUUGUACACUGUUUAUAUGUGCGUGAAAAGUACGGAUUGUAUUCACUUCUUCUUCUCACCCAUAAUAUUUCUCUUACUCAAUAAUGUACUGAUAAUAUGUGAAAUUAGGGAGAAAUCUACUCAAUCCCUCAUCAUCAUCAUCAUCAUCAUACAAUACAGUCACUUGAGAUCAGGAUGUACUUUUAAACCAUUUUUUUCAGUUAUUGUCUUCUUUUUGUUGUCGUUGUUGAAAAAACGUAUUUUGUAGUUUUGUAUCAUUUGUUGCUUGUGUGUGUGUGUGUAUUUAUUAUGAAAUAACACAAGGUGUUUUCUUUGUAAAUAUUGUAAAGAGAGAGAAAGAACGAGAGAAAAUAAACUGGUAUGAAUUCUACUGUAUGUGGUACUUCUUUCCUUACAACUAACUCAUUCUUUUAAAUUCUCUUUUUUACUGUUUUGUUUAAAUUUUGCGAGAAUAUAUUACCUAGGAGGAUGUCACGUGGAUAGUAUUGAUUUUCGUCAUGUGUUGCUAAGCAACAAGAGUUACUUUUA